AUGGAGGCCCUCCGGCAGUUUGCCGAGGAUUGGGAAAACCACAUCGGCAACGAAGCCGCCGUGAGAAUCCCAACCUACGGAGUGCUGGCGCACGGCAUCAGAACCAGCUCCAUGAACAUGGAUCGCUUUACAGAAGUCAGAGACGACCUGCUGCAGAACAACAAAGCAUUCAUCCCCAGAGCAGACAUUAAGUACGUAGGCUGGCUGACCCAAUCGGCCAGCAAAAAGACGGCAUCAUCAGUGGUCGUGGAGCUCUCAAGGGCAGAAGACGCCAACAAACUGAUCGACGAGGGACUCAUCUGGCAAGGCCAGGUGCUCCAAUGCGAACGAUAUGAUAGACAGUGCCGUCUGAGGCAGUGUUUCAAGUGCUGCGCAUACGGCCACAUAGGAACCCAAUGCAAGGCAACGACAACAUGCGGCUACUGCGCGCAAGAACACGCGACCCGAUAUUGCCUCUCGAAGAGCGACACGACGACCCCAAGGAAAUGCGCCGCAUGUCACGGCGAACAUGAGGCAUGGCACGGCGGAUGCCCCACCAGGAUACGCGAGAAGGCCAAGAUCAAGGCCGCCUACGGCCUACGGUCGAGGUACCUUCCGGAACAGACGGCCCCGUCGCCGGCCCUAGGAUCGGAAACCCGGACCAGGCCGGACCCGAGAAUCGCACGGCCGCCACUGGAACCAGGACAAUGCCAGGAGAAUCGCCCGAGCCGGAGCCGGUCCCCAACGAAGAAGAUCCAGAAGAGACCUAACCCGACAGCAACCCAGGAAUCGGAGGAGAUGAUCACCGUAGCCGCAGAGAAUACGCGUCCGAGACGCACAAUCAUCCGAUCGCGAAGAGCGCUCGAGGCGCUCGACCCCAACACGCAGAUGACAGACACGCAGACGACAAGCAACAGCACAGCGAUGGAGAUCGUCGUCGACGAUAGCGAAUGA